AUGGAGGUGGAGGAAAGGAGCCCCUUGCUUGUCCAGACCUUCCUGCCUGUCCUCUGGUGGGACAUCCUUGGAGGAGAUGCCACAAUUGUGAAUGCGGUGGGGCUGGUGCCACCCCCCUCCUCGAGCAGCCCACACACUUACAGCCAACAGUACCCAUUGUCCCAGGAGAAACACAUGGCCAAGGGCCGGUCCAGGGGCGGCCGCCUUCGGGGGCCUCUAGCCUCAUCCCUCUCUGCUGGGAACGCCUGCAGCAAGUAUCUGAUCUUUCUGACCAACUUCCUCUUCUCCCUGCUGGGCCUGCUGGGCCUGGCGGUCAGCCUCUGGGGUCUGGUCCUCAAGGGGCCUGUCGGGAGUGGUUGGGGGUGCAACCUGCCUACACACCCCAUGCUGGGGCUGGCUCUGGGGGGGCUAGUGGUCAGCACUGUGAGCCUGGUCGGCUGCCUGGGUGCCCUGUGUGAGACCACCUGCCUGCUACGCUGCUUCUCUGCCAGUCUGCUCACCUGUCUGGUGCUGGAAGCUGUGGGCAGUGCCCUGGUGGUGGCCCUCUGGGGCUCGCUGCAGGACAGCCUGGACCACGCCCUGCAGGUAGCCAUCAUCCGCUACCAGAAGGACCAGGACCUGUGCUUCUACCUGGACCAAGUGCAGCUCAGGUUGAGGUGCUGCGGGGCUGUUUCCUAUCAGGACUGGCAACGGAACCCGUACUUCAACUGCAGCGCCCCAGGGGUCCAGGCCUGCAGUCUCCCCGCCUCCUGUUGCAUUGACCCGCCGGAAGAUGGCGCCUCCGUCGACAUACAGUGUGGCUCCGGGGCCCUGCACCUGGACGAGGCUGCAGCCGGAAGAGUGGUGCACUUGGAAGGCUGCGGGCCACGCCUGCGGUGGUGGCUGCACCACAGCGCCCCGGCCCUGGGUGGCGGGGCUAUAGUGCUUGCGGUGGUUCAGAUCACAGAGUUCCUGCUAGCUGCACAGCUGCUCAGUGCUCUGGCCGUACACAAGGGGGCAGCAGAGAGCAUGCGGCGAGUGCCAGGCCCGCCUCCACAGGCGAUUUCUGGUCCCCAGAGCCGGGGCUGGGAGCGUGAGCUACUGGGUCAGGAGGAGGUCUGA